AUGGGGAGUCCCACAAGCUUGGAGCCGCUCCACGAUGUGCCCAGAGGCCUAGCGAUCGAUUCGCCGCCGGUGGUGUGGGCGUCCAUGCGGGCGCUUCCGUGCCAUGAUGGCAGCCUGGCUCUCAGCUGCGCAGUUUCCGAAGAGAGGAGAUUUGGACAGCUUUCAAACUGCACAUCUUCGAUGCCUCGCGCUGCGAAACUCUCCAUCACAAGACUGAGACAACAGCCUUUGUGCUGUUCAAGGGUGGGACUGGCCUCAUCUGGCUACCCACGUGAAGCGGCGCUGCCGGCGGCGACUUUCAAGAUUGGGCCAGAGGUGCCCUGCGUCUGGACACGAAGCGAAUGCUGGACCUGCUGGCGCCUUCCAAGUGAUGGAUUCAAGGCCAUUGCUACAGCAGUUGACGAUUUGACUUGCUCUCUUCUUUCCAACCUGCAGAAUCCUCAUCGCAUUGAUCGCAAGGCGCGGAGCAACCAAGGACAUCCAACAGUGUCCAACACUCCUGUGUACUGGUCCCGGCAUCUUGUGUGCAUUGCUGGCUGGCCUGGCAAAGGUGACCGCGCAGCCAGUGCGGCCGAGCGUGUUGGAGCUUAG